UUGAAAGAAGUAUAGCCUACUAUUCCUGCCAAACUUUUUACUUUUUACAAAAAUGACGUAAUAUUUAUAAAUUAUGGACAUCAAGUGUAUCAAAAGGAUGUAACGAUAUUGACGUUAUCGCGCUAUCGCGGUGGUAAGCGUGUCUCGAUAUCGUCGUGGUUGGGUUACAAUAAUAAAAGGACAGGUGUCCGUCAAAAAGCAAGAGGAUUAAACAUAGUCCCGCGGAACAAAUCAUCGUUAACUACAUAGAUCAUGAUCCUUUGCACUGCGUCGUCAUACCAACCGUUGUUAAGCCAAUAGGAUUGGACGCGGCACGCUGUCCACACAAGCUCACAGCAAGCCAGCAUGGCCGACAGCGAUACUUAAGGAGGAAUACCCCGAAGUUGAGAUUGUGCUAGGCCCUGCAGCUUUUAAGUCAGAUGUCUGUAAACAUUUUAGUUUUGCCGUGUCAAAAAACGCAAAAGGAGAGCAGGUGGUGGACAGACAAUGGACUAUGUGCAAGCACUGCCACAGUAAACUGCGAUACAACAAGGGAAACACAAGCCAUAUGCGAAGUCAUCUGACAAAGAAUGUCCUGUCCGGUCAAAAAACCCCGAAGGAGGCAUUUUCAACAACUACGCCACACAACAGCGCAAGGGCUCAAGAAAUCACGAGGUACAUCGCGGAAUACAUAGCAUGUGAUUUACGUCUCUUUUCUGCUGUAGAUGGUAAAGGAUUUAAAAGGUUAGUGACCAAGCUUGAGCCGAUGUAUCAAAUGCCGUCAGGGGCUCAUUUUAGUCAAACUGUCUUCCCUGCUCUUUACUGCGAAACACAAGAACGUGUCCUGUUGAACCUUGCAUUGCUAUUACCACUGAUGGGUGGACUUCCAGAGCGACAUGUUUUGACGAGUAAAUGGGAAAUGCAGAGUUACGUUUUAAAAACUAGACAGCUUAGCGAAUCACACACUGGCGUAAACAUAGCCGAAGUCCUUAAAUCUGCAGUCAAACAGUGGACACUGUGAACACUGGAGUUCUUGCUUUGUACCUUAAUCUUUAAAAGAAAUGGUACAUAUAUUUACCUUUUAAUGCUUGGGAACAUACAUGUACCUUGAGGUCCAAUAAUAAGCCCUAUAGGGUACAUUAGUGUAGGUUGUAGCUUGAGGGACAAAAUUCGUACUGUACCCCUAUCCUAUCUCUGACAGUGUGUGUCUAACAGGAGGCAGAUAAUGUUUAUGACAUGUUUCGCACUCGAUACACUCUCCAUCGCCAGGCCUACCAGCACAAGAUCAGCAACAUCAUUGAAGAGAUGUUUGCUGAAGCGCUCGUAUUAGCUGAUCGUGAUCUUCAUGCUGGGAAACCUGAAGAUAUGCUGAAGAUUUCUGAAGCCAUAAAGUCAGUAGAGGAAUACAGCAAACUCACAGAUGAGAUCUUUGAGCAGAUCUCGUCCUCCACUGCUGAAAACCUGCAGGAAUCCAGGAACAUCCUGGACAAGAUCUCCAGGAGAAAACUGCCAAAGUUUGUGGGAGAAUUUCGUCUGACUAAGGAAAAGAUCUCAAAGGAAAUCCUGACGCAAUCAUGGAAAGCCGCAGUGCAGAAGUACAGACCCACUGACCCGACUGUUUCUCUGAACGCUGAAGAAUUACCAGUUUAUGUGGUUGAUCUGGAUCACGGCAUGAAGGACAAAAACCCCAUUGAAUUUGUCUAUUUCUACAGCAAGAGGAAUCCCACCAAAGCUUCAACCGUUAAAGAUUUUCAGUUGUCCAGUUUCCUGCCAAAGAAGUUUAAUGAAGAGCUUGUCAGAGUUUAUUACAGAAGAACUGAAGAUAAGAUGAAGGAGAAGAAGUUAGAAGAGGCUGAGAAGUGCUUUAAGAUUUGGUGUAAUGAAAAUUUCCUCCAGUAAUGUGUGUAUGAUUUAUAAUAUCCAAAGUUUAUGGCUGCAGUCAGUCUGUUUAAAGGUACACUGUGUAUUUUAUUAGCUGAAAUCAAUGUCUUUAUUCAGAAAUAUAUCACCUCAUUGGUGUAAAAUUACAUCUGGCAAUGAUCUGA